AUGGCGUCGGUAGCAGCAUCAUCGCCGAUAUCCUUCGCCGCUUCAUUCCUCAGAACCAAACCCUUCCCUCUCUCCCCUCGCUUCCUCCCCAUCCCCACCCUCCGCUGCGCCCUCUCCUCCUCCUCCUCCGACCCCAUCGAAUUCGACAUCACAUUCGCUCCUCCAAAACCCGCACCUUCCUCCCCUCGCAACAACGGCUCCGCCUUCCAACAGCUCUUCAUCCCAUGGAUCGUCCGCGGCGAAGACGGCAAACUCAAAGUCCAAGAUCAACCUCCCGCUCACUUAAUCCACGCUUUAGCGGACGCCACCACACAGAACCCUAAGAAGAAGGUCAAGAAGAAGAAGCCACAAGCUGCUUCUUCCUCGGCGACCGUUGCCACGUCGGAGCCGAAGCUCUCGAAGGCGGCGAGAAGGUAUUACAAUGAGAAUAUCAAAGAGCCUCCUCAGCGUUUGAGCAAGGUUCUCGCUGCUGCUGGAGUGGCGUCGAGAAGAACCUCUGAAGAGCUUAUUUUUGCUGGAAAGGUUACUGUUAAUGGCUCUGUUUGUAAUACUCCACAGACUCGUGUUGAUCCAACGAGGGAUAUUAUUUAU